UUAUUUUAUUUCAUUUUAUUUUUUGAUGCUUCUUGGGCUGUUUUUGCCUUUUACGAAUAUAUUACCUCUCUAAUUUGGGAAGAAAUAAUAUAUUAACACAACACUCAAAGCACGGUUGUUUAUUUAGUUUCAUGUUCUAAUACUCUUAUUUAAUAUUUCCCACGUGUAUAAAUAUACUAUUUUUGGAUAUUUAUUGAUAUUUAUUGCACUUAUAUUCUGAACUUUUCAAACCUGUAUCUUUUUUUUUUUUUUUUAUGUCGUCGAGUAGUGAAAGUGGUGGCGAAACAGUUAAAAGAAAUAAUGUUGUCAUUAAAGUUGGCAUGGUAGGCGAUUCGCAAAUUGGUAAAACAAGCUUAAUGGUCAAAUAUGUAGAAGGUUCAUUUGAUGAAGACUACAUUCAAACAUUAGGUGUUAAUUUUAUGGAAAAAACUAUUUCUAUAAGAAACACGGAAAUAACUUUCAGUAUAUGGGAUCUUGGCGGUCAGCGAGAAUUUGUAAACAUGUUGCCUUUAGUAUGCAAUGAUGCUGUCGCUAUUCUUUUUAUGUUUGAUUUAUCGCGGAAAUCCACUCUAAACAGUAUUAAAGAAUGGUACCGACAAGCGAGAGGUUUUAAUAAAACCGCGAUCCCAUUUUUAAUUGGAACAAAAUAUGAUCAAUUUGCAAAUUUUCCAAAGGAAGAACAAGAAGAAAUUACAAAACAAGCACGUCGAUUUUCUCGUGCAAUGAAGGCUCCAUUGAUUUAUUGCUCUACUUCACAUUCAAUUAAUGUACAAAAAAUUUUUAAGAUUGUCCUUUCUAAAGCAUUCGAUCUUAAAUGUACUAUUCCAGAAAUUAAAGAAGUUGGUGCUCCUAUAUUAGAAUAUGCUAGUCAUAGUACUCCUUGAAAUGAAAUAUUGAAGAGCACGUUAAUAAUAUAUUUUAUUAAUAUUAUAUUAUAUAGCCUCUAUUAUUAUUAUAAUUUGAUGUUGAUGAAUCAAGUAUAUUACAAAUUACAUAUUACAAAAAAAAUUAUUUUUUA